GAUGAGUAUCUAUCUCCAAUCAAAAUCUGUUUGCAUGUAUUUGUGACUGGACUGUCUCCUGCUGAAAAUCGACCCAAUUCUGUUGUAACUCCUUUUGAUAUGUGGUCAGUGAGCUACAAAAUGCACGAUCUCAUUGCAGCUUUCAUGUCUCUGCUAGAGGAUAUGAGGGAAGCUUUAGUAAGAAGAUGUUAACAGGCUAAUCUUAGGGAGCAAACUAGGUGUCACUUCUUAGCCAGUUCAUUAAUGUUGGAUCAAAGCAACCAAGUCUAGGGGUGGUAUGUCUUUUUUUAAAUACCUUUUUUUUUUAAAUAACUAGCGAGCUUUGCAAACUGAUAACAUCAUGUUUAAAAACUGCUUGCAUCGGAAGUCAGAAAACAUAUCCAUUUGGAUGGGCCUUCUUUCAGUGGAAAUAAUUGGUUACUUUUCGUGUGUAUUUGCUUAAAGAUGUUGACCAGGGAAGCUGUAAUGAAGUGACAAAUUCUCUUGUGUCUAUAUAAGAAUGGCUGCAGACUAAAAGGCAAUCCCCUAUUAAAAUAAAUGGCUAUGCAUGGCUGAUAAUGUAUCAUUGUCUUAAAAAUGGACCUGCUUUUGUUACACUGAUGACAGCACUGCAGUUCUGAAUACUUUCAAUCAAAGAGUUAUUUUCUUCAAAACUUUGACUAAUAAGACCAUGAGUCAAAACCAGAUCCAGUUGAAAUCAGCAGGAUUUUGCCAUGCGCAUCAAUGGGAUCACAUAGUAGAGAGAAGAGCAGCACUGGGCUUUUGGUUUUGACUUUGAGGUAUAAUUUUGGUCAGUUCGGGCACAUCUACAUGAAGCGCUUAAGGUACAGAAGACUAAUUCUACUUACUGCACAUUAGCGCGGCUGGCAAAAACUGUUCUAAUGUUCUAAUGCUCAGUAACACUGAUUACCGUGCAUUAAGUUAGUACCUGUUAUUAUAGGUACUAAACUUAAUGUGCCAUAAUUAUAGCACAUUAAUGAAUGUGUAGAUGCUCCCUCUAUGUUGUAGUAAUUGUAGUAAUAUGCUUAGGUCUUCUAUAACAUGCAUCAUCCAGAGAUUUCAAAGAUCUUUGCCAAGCAAGUUAGUAUUGUUAUCUCCAUGUCACAGAUGGGGAAACUAAGGCACAAAAUAGUGAAGUGACUUGCUCUCCAAUAUCUCACAGGAGUGCCAUCUGUUCAGAUAGAUAUUGCUAGGAGAGCUAUACACAUGCUUUCCAAAGGGAAUUGCUCAGUGAUCCAUCUGCCCCAGCCUAUUUGAUUGCUUUGACCCUGUCAUAAUGAACAUUCCCUUUCCUUUUAGCUUUCAAAUUAAAACACUUUAUGUGACUGUGUUUAGAUAAGGAUGCCUUCUAAUAGUGAAAUGUCCUGCUUUGAUGAUCUUCACUUGAACACUGAAUAGAAUAAAAUAAGUAAGCUAGGCAUGGCAUGGUGCACAAAGCUAAAAUCUCAACCAAGGAGGAUAUCUGCCUUGAGAAAUAUCUGGAACAGCUUUUUCUGUUUAUUAAGAUAGCCUAACUGAAAGAAUCUGUAGGUGCUGUAAUUUCUCUCAGUGUAUCUCAGUUGUGAUCACAUAUACACACAGCCCCCCACCUACACACACACGCACGCGCACAUGCGCACACACACACACACACGUCAGGGGGAUCUUCAACACAAGCUUUCAUUCUUUGAGCUUCAUUAAUUAUGGGAGAAUUGUGGAGUGACCAAUACUGAGGCCAGCCACAAGGAGGAGUGAUGAUCUGCAUACACUGGACAAGUCUUACAGCAGGUCCUGAAACUUUGCAACUGGCCAUUUCCAAACACAGACGCUCAGAGGAACAGGCACUGACAUCAAGUUUGAAAGCUCUGUCUGAAGCAUUUUGGCAUUGACUUCCUCAUGACUAAACUGUUUUCUUUUUACUUUCCCCUGCUAGAUGUGAAAACUCAGUGUGAUGUCCUUCCUUCCUCCAACCUGGAGUCUUACCCUCAGAGCUCCAUUGUUGUUACCCUAGAGGACAUGGACCUCUGGAUGCAGUUUCACCAAAUAGGAACCGAAAUGAUCAUCACUAAGUCUGGCAGACGAAUGUUUCCACAGUGCAAAAUCAAAGUCUCUGGCUUGAUCCCUUAUGCUAAAUACCUCAUGCUGGUGGAUUUCGUGCCAAUGGACAACUUCAGAUACAAGUGGAAUAAAGAUCAGUGGGAAGUCGCUGGAAAAGCAGAGCCACAACUUCCCUGCCGUACAUAUGUCCAUCCAGAUUCUCCAGCUCCUGGCAGCCACUGGAUGAAAGAACCUGUCUCCUUCCAAAAGCUGAAACUCACCAACAACACCCUGGAUCAACAUGGCCAUAUCAUCCUUCACUCCAUGCACCGUUACAAGCCUCGCUUCCACAUAGUACAGGCAGAUGACCUUUUCAGUGUCCGCUGGAGCAUCUUCCAGGUGUUCAGCUUCCCUGAGACUGUCUUCACCUCUGUUACUGCCUACCAAAAUGAGAAGAUCACAAAACUCAAGAUUGACAACAACCCAUUUGCUAAAGGUUUCCGGGAACAUGGGAAGAACACUCGAAGGGAAGGGCGAGCAAAAGGCCAGAAACCUAGCCCAGCCAAAGGCCAGAAGAGGAAGCUCCCAGAAGAAACAGAAUCUGGUGCUGAGGAACCGGAUUUUGUGAAGGAUGAGAAUGUGGAGGUGAAAGAGGAGCGGAAUCCCAUCCCGGUUAGUGGUGGAUACCCCUUCUGGGUCUCAGAGCAGAAUGGCAGCCAAGCCAUCCCUGCAGUGUCACCAGCACCAGCAGACCAAAGAGAAGCAACUGCUAGAGAGCAGCAAGUGCCAACUCCUUCCACCUACCAGACAUACAGGUUCCAUGACACGGGGGACACGCAGCAGGCUCCCGCACGCAACGUCGCCACUUUGAAUGAGUUCCGGCCCAGAUCCCACCCUUUGGACAUAGCCACAGUGCCAGACCACGAUUCUAAACAGCUGUCAGAAGGUUUCACCAACCUGCCUACACUACCCCCACCUCUGCCUCCUCCUCAAGACUACACAGGGGUGGUCAACAUGGCUGUAGACUCUGCUGGGAAGCCAGGGGCCCGAGGUCCAGUGUACAAUCCAUAUGGCGCUGAGCAAGGCCUAGGCCAGUGGAUGGUCCCUUCCCACAGCCAGUACAGGGCAAUGAGCUACUCUCCCUUUUCCACAGAUUAUAAUGGUCAAGGGGCUUCAGGGCAUGCUCAUGGGAGCAUGGCAGACUGGAGCCAGUACCCUCUGUUCCCCUAUGCCUGCUGGUGAAGGGGGAGGACUCUUCCAAAUUAAAGAACUCAAAGGACAUUGUAACAAAAUCUACUUUAAAAUAUGCUCUGGGGUUGCCACCUUGUGGCCUUGCCUACACUAGGCAAGAGUGUGUUGCAAUAGUGCAUAGAUUGGGACACCAUAAUCUUGAAACAUCAAUACAAUUCCUUGUGCCCCAUGCAACAACCAUCCUGUGCAUUUUACAAGUGCUCGUUGCAUCUCCUGGGGUCCAUAUCUUUACUUUAAGUUCUGACUGAACCAAUGCAUUCUUUGGUGCUUUGCCCCAAGUGUGGAUAGAUAAUUGCAAGCAUUGCAAAUGCAGUGGUUCAGCUGAUUUCCCAACUUUAUCCCAUGAUUCAUGCAUGUCGUUACAUUUAACAUUUACUCAAAGAACCCCAGUCCCGGGAGCAUGCAAGGCGCUUAAGGAGUCUCAGCAUGCACCACAGAUGCUCACAACAAAACAGUGGAGCCAUGUGCAGAGUGGCUGUGUGAAGGAGACAUCGUUACAUGGACAAGUGAGAGAUAAUUAGCCAUUUCAGUGUCCCUGGAGUAGCUUCCUCUCUUAGUGUAGACAAAAAGUGCAGCUAUCCUCCUGGUCCUUUGCCUAUAAGGCAUAUAAUGGUAAAAGAUAGAGUAAUGCAUGCAUGCUUGGAGCAGAGUUGUACAGGUCAUGUGGACAGGGGGGAGUUAAUCCCAAAAAAAUGAAACAACUACAAGUUUCUGUGUUUGUCUCUGUGUGCUCUGACUGCCCAGCCAGCCCAUUUAUCCCCUCUCAGUUCAGCCCUGUCACUCCACAUGUACCUGCAUUGAGUUGCUGUUCCUCUGGUUGUUUGCCAUUUGACCCAAGAGGAUUGGAGGAUGCUGGGAUUCUUGGAGUUCCCCUCGCUGAAUAGUGGUGAGCAGCUGUGUUCACGCUGUCUCUCUGACCUCUUGUCUGUGCUGAGACCCUCAGUUGUUCUACCUCUGCCUCUUCCACAGCCUCAGUGAAGUGACCUGUCUAGUUGUUUUUAUUGUCCUGCUCCCAGCAGCUCAUGCAACAGUCCUGUUGGUGCACAGGUUUUGGCCAAGUUGGUAUUUCUCACUAGACGCUUGCUUUAAACAAAUAUUCCUGUUGAAAUACUGCCUGAUGAAUGAGGUAUCACUUCCAUAGUGCUCUGCAGGAGCUGCAAGACAGGCCAGUGGCAUGUUUCUGCUGCUGCUUUGGAGCCUCGCUAGGAACAUAAUGCAAUACAGAUGGGCAGGAGGGUAGCUUCCUCUCCGCUCCACCCUUGUGGUCCUUUUCCAAACUGCCCAUCAUUUUGGAAAGCAAGUCCUCCCAUUUCACUCUAAUUUUAUUUUCCUCGCAAUUGCUGCUGGAGUGGAGUCCUCCUUGGGAGAAACCCUCUGCUUCUCCUGUGGUUAUAAACAUGAUCUUAGACCUUAUUUAAGAAUGAUUUCUUGUAACACUUUAAAUAAACUAUGGUUUGGUAUGUAA